GAGUUUCUCGGGGGUGGUGGUGCUGGUGGUGCUCUUAACGCGAAACGCCGACACGUGCUCUGCGGUUCAGGCCCUCCGAAUAAAAAGGCUCGGGAAACGGUUCCUCUCCCUUGGGCGAAAUCACCGCAGAAGAAUCGCCAAACCUCAGCUCUGAGCUGGGAAGUUACGUGGCUUCACCCGAGAGGAAUAAAAGUUGUCGUGAGGACGGUGACAGGUCUUGAGGGUUCUGGGUUUGCGGCGUUUGGCUGGAAGAGGAACUGCCCGGGCUGAGGGGAGCCGUAAGCAGCGGCCUCAGCCCAGGCUGAGCGUGGUGAGAGGGCCCUGGAGCAGGAGGUGGCCCCCCUUGGGCACACGAGGCAGGUUCUGGAAGGGGAGCAGUGGAGCUGUGCUGGGAGAUGGAGCCCAUCAGCCAGCGGGCACAUGGCUGGUGGUGAUGUUGUGGCUGAGCUCAGGGGGAGCUGGAGCACAUCCCCACCUCGGGGUGUUCAGGGAGUCCCUCUAAAAACACCAGCUCUGCUCUGUCUGAUCUCCUCCCUCUGGUGGUGGUGGGAGUUUCGGUGAUCUCCCUUCUGGAGGCCUCAGUAAUGUUCAGUUUUGAGUUCCCGAGGACCACCUGGGCUUUCUGAAGGUGCCUUUUGGCUGGCAGGACAGGGGCUGGGGCCCAGAGCCUGGUGUCCUGGGCCGCUGCAGUCGGAUGCUCGGGAGCAAACAGCAGCUUUGCCUCUCAGGAACUUUGGGGGUGCCUGGAAAAUAAGGCCCAGGGCAGGACAGUGGUGGACAUCUCGAGGUCUCCAGGGGGACUGGCUGCUUUGCUGUAGCUGUAGGUGUUUGUUUUAGACCCACCUGAAGUGUGAACGUGGUGACUGUGAGUGGAGCCUUUCAUGGGAUGCAGGGAGUGAGGGAAAUUGGGUUUUCCUGUCACAUCUUUAACUCCAGUGCUGCAGUGAGGGCUGUGUAAGGCUCGUGCUGUCUCACACGCUGAUGUUUGGGGUCAACCUUGUUUCUCCCUCACAGCCAGGACCCGUGUGCUGUUCACAAUCAAUAAUUAGCUGCAUUAGGAAUAUUAUUAAAAGCACUGGGGAAAAAUGGGAUUGAUAAUGGCUGCUGGGGGCUCUGCUCAGGGGGGUAGGUGCUCCUAAUCCCAUCUGUUUGUAGUUUAUGGGGGAAAUGGAAGUCCGUGUGUUCCAGGUGGGCGAAACGCUGCCCGUGAUGUUUCCUGGUUGGAAAUCCAGGGCUGUGGCCAGCACUGAGCUCUGCUGGCCCUCUCCUCCUGCAGGAAGGGGUCUGGAGGAGGGAAAAUUUCCCUUUCUGGUGAAAGGGGGACUGGAGCAUUAUGACAGUCAAGUCUUUAAAAGCUUAUGAGUUCCCAGAGUCCUGGCCGGUAGCCGCUGCCUCCGCUGAUGUUGUCGGAUGUCAAUAGAGAGAGGUUGAAGGCAACACUUCUAAUGGAGCAGGUGACAUCGAAGGGGGCUGGCUUGAACCCCAACGCCAAAGUGUGGCAAGAAGUCCCCCAGGGGAGUGGUGAGGCCGUGCCCCCCUCAGAUGGCACCGAGCACACGUGGCAGGAGACGGCGGCGGCCCAGGGGACUCCGGCCGAGGGUAACAUAGAGCUCUCAGAGGAGAGCUGCAAGCAGUAUGAAGUGAUGUAUUCCCCGUCCUGUGAAGCCACGAGGAAUGGCACAGGAGCCGACGAAGCCUCCGCCAACGGGAUCGUCCUGGCGACCGAAGACCUGGGAUACCAAAUCUAUGAAGUGUCUGGUGACGGCCCCUCCGCCGUGUCCACGGAAGACAUCAGGGAAUGUUUGAGGAAACAACUUGAAUUCUGCUUCUCCCGUGAGAAUCUUUCAAAGGAUCUCUACUUGAUGUCUCAGAUGGACAGCGAUCAGUUUGUUCCAAUAUGGACAAUUGCCAACAUGGAAGGGAUUAAGAAGCUGACAACGGAUAUGGACCUUAUUCUUGAAGUUCUGAGAUCUUCUCCCAUGGUACAAGUGGACGAGAGAGGGGAGAAGGUCAGACCAAACCACAAGAGGUGCAUCAUCAUCCUCCGUGAGAUCCCCGAGACAACACCCAUAGAGGAGGUGAAGGCCCUGUUUAAGAACGAGAACUGCCCCAAGGUGAUAAGCUGUGAGUUUGCUCACAACAACAACUGGUACGUUACAUUCCAGUCCGACACAGACGCGCAGCAGGCGUUUAAAUACUUAAGGGAAGAAGUGAAAACCUUUCAGGGCAAGCCAGUAAUGGCCAGGAUCAAAGCCAUCAACACGUUCUUCGCCAAGAAUGGUUACCGGGUGCUGGACUCCAGCGUGUACCCCCAGCCCGUGCAGACCCAGGCCCAGUUUGCCUCCCCCCUGUUCAUGCAGCCUGUAUAUAGCCCUCAGCAGUACUCCAUCUACAGCAUCGUGCCUCAGACCUGGUCUCCAAAUCCUGCACCUUACUUUGAGACACCACUGGCCCCCUUUCCCAAUGGUGGAUUUGUGAAUGGCUUUAACACACCAGGAUCAUAUAAAACCAAUGCUGCUUCCCUGAGUAUAGGUCGCCCAUUCCACAGGAAUCGGGUGAAGCCCCAUUUCCGCUCCUCCUCCAGCUCGGAGCACGCGGAGGGGCCGCCCGCCCUCGGGGCCGUGCCCAUGGGGGACCUGGGCAGAGCCAACUCCAGGAGCUUCGUCGUGGAGCGGCACAGCAGCCCCUUGACCGGGCACCAAGACCAGGGGUAUUCCCAGAAGGAUUCUCCCACGGCACAGCUGGAGCAGAACGGGGAUUACGGCGUCGGCAGGGGCAGGAGGAACGUGUUCCGAGGUCGGAGGAGACGGGACGACGACCGGGUUUCAAGACCUCAGCCUUCAGCAGAAACAAAGACUCAGACACCAAAGUUUGACUUGCUUGCAUCAAAUUUCCCACCUUUGCCUGGCAGCACAGCAAAAAUCCCGGGAGAGCCUGUGCUGGAGAGCAGGAUGGCCGACAUUGUGAAAGGAGUCUGCAAAGAGAAGGAAGGCAAAGACUCGCUGCCCACCUGCCCGGCGCCGGCUCCCGAGGAACAGACGCCCAGCGCUGCCCCAGCGCCCGCCAGCAGCGCCAGCUCCCCGAGCCAGAGCGAGCCUGUGCUGCUGAGCGCGGUUCAGCCAGAGAGCAAACCAGAAGAAGCGUCUGCUCCGAAGGACGUGGCCAGCCAGGCUUCCCCACCUUCCCUGUCCCCUGUCAGUGCUGCAAAGCCACCAAGGACAAACACCUCCUCACCUUCUGCUCAAGCAAGUGCAGCUCCUGCUCUGUCGACACAGGAGCCCCGCAAGCUCAGCUACGCCGAGGUUUGCCAGAAGCCCCCGAAGGAGCCGCCCCCGGUGCCCGUCCAGCCCCUGCGGGAGCAUCGCGCCAACAUCGUCCCUCCCGCCAAAGCCGAGGAGGACGCGCCGGCCGAGAGGGCUCCGGAGAAGGCUCCUCCUCCCGAGAAGGCCGAAGGUCGGAUGAAGGAUUACUCCGGGUUCCGUGGCCCUGGAGGAGCUCCCAGGGGAGCCGCCGGGAAAAUCAGGGAACAGAGGCGCCAGUUUGGCCGCAGAUCUUCGCCUCAGGGAGCCCCGCGGCGCGUCGGCAAGGAGCAGUUUGUGCCGCCGCGGUCACCAAAGUAACGCCGGGCCAGCCCGGGAGCCUCUGUUGGGUCGGAGCUGUUGGGCUGAGGAGCAGCAGAGACUGGGAAGGAGGAGGAAGGAAGAUUCAGGAAGGGGAAUUCUGAGCUGGAUGAGCGCGGCUCGUGCCGGAGGAGGAGUUGUGGAGGGUCCCAAAAUUCAUCUCUUUAGAAAAAAAAAA